GUGGGCCAAAACGCGAAUGAACAUCGACCGUGGAAGUUGACUGCUGAAGUACAAAGCGCUAGGCUGAAGUAUACGAAAUUCAUGUGAGACUAGCGAGCCGCGGCCUCACUAGCCAAAGCCAGCCACAAAAAAACAAAAACAUAAAUCAGGCAGCAGCAGCAGCAGCUCACACAUACAUCGACAAGCGCCAGGAUCCGCAUCACCAUAUCCUUCCUGCCAAAUAGUCGCCACUGCUGCCGCCCCUCCCCGCUCCCCUCGCAGGAGUCACGCUUCGUUAAACGCUGCUCAAAACCCAUCAUCCAACUAAUAAAGCGGACGAUAAACAAGCGCAUUAAGUACCGAAGCGACCGAGCUAUUAACGCUAGUCUGGAUCCCGAUUGCUGAUUGGAAAGGAGAAACAUUGGCAGCAUUUCUGAUUAGGGGCAACAACACAGCAAAACAAAAUGCCGCCAAAUGCAAAAUCGGAAACGGACGCCAAACCGGAAGCGGAACCAGCGCCAGCGUCCGAGCCGGCAGCGGAACUGGAGUCCGUGGACCAGAAGCUGGAAGAAACACAUCACUCCAAAUUCCGUGAGGUGGACAGGCAGGAGCAGGAGGUGCUCGCCGAGAAGGCGGCGGAAGCGGCCAGUCAAAGAAUCGCACAGGUGGAAUCAACAACACGGAGUGCAACCACAGAGGCUCAGGAAUCCACCACCACCUCAGUGCCGGUGAUCAAAAAGAUCGAGCAUGUCGGCGAAGUGGUCACCGAGGUGAUCGCGGAGCGCACGGGGCUGCCCACAUGGGGCGUGGUGGCCAUCAUCAUCCUCGUGUUCCUGGUCGUCUUUGGUAUAAUCUUCUUCUGUGUGCGGAGAUUCCUGAAGAAGCGAAGAACCAAAGAUGGAAAGGGUAAGAAGGGUGUCGACAUGAAGUCGGUACAGUUGUUGGGAUCGGCGUACAAGGAGAAAGUUCAGCCUGAUAUGGAGGAACUCACCGAAAAUGCCGAGGAGGGUGACGAGGAGGACAAGCAGAGCGAGCAGAAGCUGGGGCGCCUCAACUUCAAGCUGGAAUACGAUUUCAACUCCAACAGUUUGGCCGUGACGGUGAUCCAAGCUGAGGAACUUCCCGCCCUGGAUAUGGGCGGUACCUCGGAUCCCUAUGUCAAGGUGUACUUGCUGCCCGACAAGAAGAAGAAGUUCGAGACCAAGGUGCACCGCAAGACACUGAGUCCGGUCUUCAAUGAGACGUUCACCUUCAAGAGUUUGCCCUACGCCGAUGCCAUGAACAAGACGCUCGUGUUUGCCAUUUUCGACUUCGAUCGCUUCUCGAAGCACGACCAGAUCGGCGAGGUGAAGGUGCCGCUGUGCACCAUCGACCUGGCGCAGACCAUCGAGGAGUGGCGCGACCUGGUCAGCGUUGAAGGAGAGGGCGGACAGGAAAAGCUGGGAGACAUCUGCUUCUCGCUGCGCUACGUGCCGACCGCCGGAAAACUAACCGUCGUCAUCCUGGAGGCCAAGAACUUGAAGAAGAUGGACGUGGGCGGACUGUCUGAUCCAUAUGUGAAAAUUGCAAUCAUGCAAAAUGGCAAACGUUUGAAAAAGAAGAAGACAAGUAUCAAAAAAUGCACCCUCAACCCUUACUAUAAUGAGUCGUUCUCAUUUGAAGUACCAUUUGAACAAAUACAAGUAUGCGAGAAUGUAUUAUACUAUCCUAUAAAUACCACAACUACUACUACUCUACUACUAUACUACUACUGCCUACUGCCUAUACAAACUACCUACUACUACUACUACUACCUACUACUAUUACUGUUACUACUGUUACUGUCCUCUUCUGAACUAUCUACCAAUGAAACCAAACCAAACCGAGUUUUGAGUACCCAACCUCCCUCUAAACACACACUAGCCUACUUACGUGCAAUCGUUGUUGUUAAUUAUACUACAUAUAUCCCGUAUAUAUAUAUAUCCAUAUAUUGAAUACUUGUAUUCCGAAACAAGCGACAACAACACCAAACUCUGAACCAAACAACCGAACACUCUUAGAGACUAAUCUUCGUAUUACCCAUAAAGAUAUCUAAACUUCCCCCAAAAACUAACUUAAUCAAUCUUUGUGUUCUAUAAGACCUAUCAAAAACCCCCUAAAAACAAAAAACAAAAAGUAUUCAAUGUUAAAUGUUGUAAUUUUAACCAAAAUUUGUUCGAGCUUCUUUUAUGUUUUAUAAUCCCUGAUUUACUAUUGUAAAUAUGCAAAACGGAAACUGAAAGCCCAACAAAUUUAGCAAAUGUUUUACUUUGUUGCCUUUGUUUGUGUAGUCUUUGAGAAAUUUUUGGAUUUUUCUUUGGAUUUUUGGAAUCUGAUUUCUGUUCUGAACUUGAGUUUUAACCAGCCUCGAUGUGUGCUUAGCCCAGCUGAUUUGGUUUAUGUUUUAGUUGUUAAAUGUGUAAUGAUCGAUUUGAAGACAAUCUGGCAAGCGGUAAAGCAAUGACAAUCAGGCAUGCCUAGUGGCUUAGGAAUCCGUAAACUCCGGCAAUCUAGUUGCCCCAAUCCACACACCGUCUUAGACGACAUUUUGAAUGGAGAGCAAGCCGUAGUGUGCCCGCUUCGCUCGCAACCGAGCAAAAAGCAGCCGAGCAGAAAAGCAUAAGCAUAAAGCAUUAGCGUCCAAGCAGUCGAGCAGAAAAGCAUAAACGCAAGAAUGCAGCCAAGCACGAGCCUUACACACACUACGCUCACUCCAGAGAACUACAGUGAAUACAACCUAAUACAAAUUCGAAUACCAACUUAAACUACUCUUUCCAUAAUACAAACUAUCGCAAACUCCUAUACCAGCGGCGUCAAUAAUGCACCACGCAGCAACCAAAUCGCAGUGGGUACAUUAUUUUGACACUGUCUUCUGAUUUGAAUAUCGAAUACCAAUCGCACUACAACAGCUACAGUACAAAUACAGUUUACACAGAAUAAAUACCCAAAUGCCAACACAGAGAAGUAUAGCGUAUCACCAUGAAUACCAAUCAUACCAAUCAAACCAACAUAUAGCCAAGCGAUCUGGAAACUGGGAGAACUCUGUUACGGUUACGUUACGUGUGCUAGUCGAAGAGUUAGCCCCUGUCUAUAAGUAGGACCCCAUGCCAUGACCAAUUACCAAAGAACGACGAAUGGGAUUGAAUAUUAUACAUUUUCGUUUACACGUAUUUAAUGAACAUUUUUCUUUUUGCCACAGCUUAAGUGUCUGCUAUCAAGUAUCGAGAAAAGUAAUUUGUUCAUUAGUCCCCGAGGUUAAAGGUGGCGAGAUAACAUAUAUAUUCUCGUCCCUACAUGAAUCCGAAUCUGCCGACAUCUUCAUAUGCUUCUCACCUUACGCAUAUCCAAAGCUUUUAGGAAUUUCUUGAGUUUCGUUACCAACAUUUAUUAUUUCAAGCUACUCAUUCUUAGCCUUAGACAUUUGCAUGAACUGCUUGUUAAUUCAAAAUCAAAAAUAUGAACACCAUAAGGGAAUACUACUCCACAGCAAGCAAAUUCCUUGUCGAAGGAGCUUUUUGUAAUGCUUGAACGCCCUUAGAUGUUGAACCCAAAUCGAAUAUAUGUACCACAACCAAAGUGCUUGUGCAAACUGGAAGUAUUCCACCCGACGAUCUCCACGAUUAAACCUAGCCUGCACUAUAACUAAUAUACAGCACUCAAAAGCCGAAAAUAUUCCACGUAGUGCCGAAAACCUCUGUCUAUAACCUGCUUCCCAGUACAGCAUUGUUGUAGUGUCUGCCUGUUAGCGAACAACAGUUCCCACUUCAAUCCCCCAAAAAAACAACUUGAAACCCAAACAGAACACGUAUAUCGAAAUACCGAAAAGUUCUUCAACUCAAAAGCGAAGCCCCCUCCCGUUCAAAAGAGAUAUAGACCGAAUCGAAAGUAGCCGCACCCAGAAUACCCCUACUAAUGCCGUUCCUUUCCUUGAACCCUCUUCCCUCCAAUCGCGCACAGAAAAUCUGUCUCGUUGUGACCGUCGUGGACUACGAUCGUAUUGGCACCUCCGAACCCAUCGGUCGCUGCAUACUUGGCUGCAUGGGCACCGGAAC